CAAUGCGCAGCACAGCGGUGGAGCUUCUUCUUUCACGGAUAAAUGGAAGAAAGAAUAAUCACAAGACAAUUAAGGGAGAAAAACAAAAAAGAUAAAGACAUCCAAUUUUCGAUUAGACUAACAUGCAUUUACAUGACUGGAACCUCCGUUCUUCCGUCAUCCAAAUCGAUUUCGAUGGAGGCACGUCUGUUGCUGUCAGAAGCAAGUAUUUCAUCGCUAUGUAAAAUAACGUUUUAUUGUUAUUGAACGGACGGACAUAAUUAGUUACCUUUGGAAAACGAACCUGUUAUUUGGUCGCCAAGUUUAUUUGGCAUUGCAAUGUAGGCCUAAUCGUUUUGCUUUGUUCGCCUUUUCUGGGGGGUUCAUCCCUGGCAUUUUCGGUUCUUCCUGGUGUGUGUUUUGCAGGAAUCCUUGCAGGAAGAAGCGAAAACAGCAUGGAAAUUCAAUGGCAAAGAGAAGUGUUUUCCUGCAUAUGCUUGAUGUCUGGUCCGAUUAUGUUUAAAAUGCGAACACGUUGGAUAGUAAAGUGUCUCUCGGACUUGUGUGGAGGGGUAACAGUGUGGGACAUAUUCUCUAUCUAUCAUCCAGAAAAAACACAGUAAGGAAGCAGGGGAAGAUAAAAACACCGCGAUCGAAUGGCUUGCAAGCUUUUAAGGGACAAACAAAAGAUAGAUUGCCACCUCGUUUAAUUUCACCUGGCCUCUUUUGGACGGACUAAACAGAUGAAGUUAUUGCCAAAAAAAGAAUCGAUGGAAUUACAGAUCAGUUUUUUAAAAAUAACAUUUUACAUUAUCUCCUAGCCUCCAACACUACCUUCAGUCGGUCUCUAUCUUGCUCCCCUCUCUCUUUGAAGAUAGAACACCAAAUUUUCGUUCAGUAUCGUGGACAGCCCUGGAAACAUUGCAAUUGUGCAAUGAGGAUAAAAAACGUAGCCUGCGUGAGGGCAGUUUGAUCAUUUUGCUGUAUGUUUGUGCUCAUCGCACACACUGAAAGCAGUCGUGGAUUUUUUGGUAUUGGCAUCCGUUGAAUCCAGAAAGAAACAUUCUCUACUCAUCCUUGAAAAAAACUUCCGCAUUGACUACCAUAGUCUACACAUGGUCACAAAUCAAAUGGAACAGGAGGGAUACAGUCUAUUUACAUUGUCAUAUUUUGACAAUGAUUUCUGUUCAGCAGCUUUGCUUUUUUAUAUUUAGUUUAACCCCAUAACUAGAUAAAGUUAAUUAAACCCGAAAGGCUUGCACUUUGUGGUAAUAAACAUUUUACAAAGGCAGUUAUGUCUCCCAAAUAGUGCAAAAGAAAUGACUGAUUCAGCAAAGUCCCUUUACUGAUACCCUUUAGUGUUUUGCGUAUGUUAGCUAGUUCAUGAUGUUUAAGUACCGGAUCCGUAUGUUUUUCAAUGAACUAAAAGUGCUGGUUUUGAUGCGGUCUGGCUCAAGACAGGGGACUGAUUCAGACACAGGCCCAGAAAGGCAAACAAGCAGCAUGCGGGGACUCGGGGUAGGAGGCUGUGGGUGGCCCCCUUUCGACUGCUCCACCCAGGACGACGAGGAGGAGUACUAUGGUACUGACCCCCGGCCAAGGAGUAUGGCUUUUGAGGAGAAAGAUCCAAAGCUUCAAACUGGCCUGGACGCGGUGUCCCUCACAAGCACCUUGGACAGUGGCAUGCGCUCGCCGCAGUGUAGGAUCUGCUUCCAGGGCCCCGAACAGGGGGAACUGCUGAGCCCGUGUCGCUGUGAUGGCUCCGUCCGCUGUACCCACCAGCCCUGCCUCAUCCGCUGGAUCAGCGAGAGGGGCUCCUGGAGCUGUGAGCUCUGCUACUUCAAGUACCAGGUCCUGGCGAUUAGCACCAAGAACCCACUACAGUGGCAAGCCAUCUCUCUGACUGUGAUAGAGAAGGUGCAGAUAGCAGCCAUUAUCCUGGGUUCUCUGUUCCUCAUCGCCAGCAUCUCUUGGCUGGUGUGGUCGUCGCUCAGUCCAUCAGCCAAGUGGCAACGCCAGGACCUGCUGUUCCAGAUCUGCUAUGGAAUGUACGGCUUCAUGGACAUAGUGUGUAUAGGCCUUAUAAUCCAUGAAGGAUCGUCUGUAUACCGGAUCUUUAAACGCUGGCAGGCGGUGAAUCAGCAGUGGAAGGUACUGAACUAUGAGAAAGCCAAAGACUUGGGUGACCCCAUCAGCUCCAGCGGCAAAGGCGGGGUGCGGGGGGGUCGAAACCCUCCCCACAGCUCUGCAGGAGUGGACAGGGGGGGACGGACAGGCCAGCGAGUUAGGACUAUUCUGAAUCACCACUGUGGCUAUACCAUCCUGCACAUUCUCAGCCAUUUGAGGCCCAGUGACCAGCGCAUCAGCACCACAGCCAACCGGGAGGUGGUCAUGAGGGUCACCACCGUAUGAGACCGGUCCAUGUGGGGGAGGGGUGCAGGAGAGACAGGAAGGGAGGACAGCCAACAACCAAGAUCAACCAACAAUUCCCCAAUCAACCUCAAUAAAAAACAGUGUCUCCCUAAGCCCAACGUGAAGUGCAGUGAGAGCAAACAAACACAAGGGCGUGGACGCAGAAAUCCUGAUAACCCUACCCUAUGAGACACAAGGGGAGGGACUUCCGGGUAGCCCAACCCUAUGAGACACAAGGGGAGGGACCUCCUGGUAGCCCAACCCUAUGAGACACAAGGGGAGGGAACUCCUGGUAGCCCAACCCUAUGAGACAGAAGGGGAGGGACUUCCUGGUAGCCCAACCCUAUGAGACAGAAGGGGAGGGACCUCCUGGUAGCCCUAACCUAUGAAACAGAAGGGGAGGGAACUCCUGGUAGCCCAACCCUAUGAGACAGAAGGGGAGGGACAGCGACAUAGUUGAAGUGUUGCUGACUUUGCAGACAAAGACUGUAGAACAAAAGAGGUUUAAAAGAAACUGCUUCACGUUUUUUUUUUUAAGCUGGUUGGCUUUGUUUCACCAGCUAAAUGAUACAAAGCAUUGUCAUUAUUUAAAUUAUUUUGUUUUCUAAAGAAAAAUUAUUCAAAGUAUUGUUAUUAUUUUAUAAUCAGGAUAUGUAGACAAAAAAUGAAUAGGGAAUAGAUCUGCCCCCCCAAACCAAUACCACCAACGUUGAGCCAUAUCUUAUUUUCCUUAAAUUCAUCACAUAGCGUCCCAGUAUCUCCAGAACAUCCUCUUUCUCUUGUCACGGUAUCUACAACUUAGUGGUGUUGUUAGGAACCAGAAACAUCCGGUUUUCAGGGAUACAUGUAUCUUCAACUUUACAUCUUUUUGCCUGAAAACAGAAAGUGAGGACUGCACUCAGGCCUUUUCUUUCAUUCCUACUAUGUUAGUUUAUGGUGUCUGUGACAGAGAAUCUGUACCUAAAGUAACACCGGAACUGUCUCUGUGACGGAAAGCAAACUGAGAGCCGCCUAAAGAAUAUGAGCAACAACAACAAUAAGAAAGAGAUGUAACUGGCACAAAUGAAUGAAUGAGAUUCCAGAUUUACAAUUUAUCUUCUGCAAUAAAGAAACCUGUAUAUGUCAUAGUGAGCCCCUAUAUGACAUCACAGCUUUACUGUACACCAUAUUUUCCAUCAAUAUUUAAUUGUUCCCUCAUUUACUUUGCGAUGUUGAGAAAUGGGUACCGGGAAGUUUGUCAAGUUAACACGGCAGAAUUUCAUCAGUGAUUUGCAUUAGUCUUCAGAACCAUAUUAAUUAAUCUUAUACAUCUUUCAACUUAUAGAAGCAAAUAUAUAUUUUUUUUUUAUUUCAUUUUGA